CUGCUUCUUGUGGCGUCAGCAUCAUCCGCAGACGGCACGAUGGAGAUCGAUACGGCAGGAAAAUGUUCAAAGUGGGAUAUUUUGGGAAAAGCUCGACAUGCCCAGGGAGAGAAAGACGAGCAUGAAAUCUGAUAUCACAUGUGACGUCAAGCUCCUGAGAGCCAGUCCACCUGGGAGGACCACAUCUGAGACCUGAACAACCAGAAUGACCUCACAUCGCCCCACCAUCAGGAGCAGGAGGUGGAAACCAUAGCAACAGACGUGUCCUGUGUGUCCUGAGAAUGCCUCUCUGUCUUAUCAAGGCUGAGUCUGAAGUAUUGUCCAAGAAUGAGCUUCUGCUAAGUCGAAGGAGGACAGGCUGUACCAUGGAUACUGCCAUGGAAGACCAUCUGGUGGAGGACAACUUAAUGUGUAAACCACAACAAUAAUCAAACAUGUACCUUCUAUUGGGCUAACAUCCCUUGAUAACAGCUGCUAUGGCUUUUUGUAAUGAAAGCCUGCUGGAGGAGUGCGGCUUCAUGGGGCCGGACAAUGCAGAGGAAGCAGCGGGAAGUCUCCCGUCAGAAGCUGCGACUCCCUUCAUAUCGGUCACUCUGCGUGUGACCCUCGCAGCCAUAAUGAUCUUCAUGAUAACUAUUGGUUUCCUGGGCAAUGCCAUCGUGUGUCUGAUUGUUUACCAGAAACCUGCCAUGCGUUCUGCUAUCAAUCUCCUCCUCGCCACGUUGGCCUUCUCGGACAUCAUGCUCUCUCUGCUCUGCAUGCCCUUCACUGCCGUCACCGUGGCCACCGCCGACUGGAGCUUUGGGAGCGGCUUCUGCCGAGCGUCCAUCAUGCUGUACUGGCUGUUCGUCCUGGAGGGGGUGUCCAUACUCCUCAUAAUCAGCGUGGACCGUUUCCUCAUCAUCGUGCAGCGGCAGGACAAGUUGACCCCGCACAGAGCUAAACUGUUGAUUGCAGGCUCCUGGGUGCUGAGCCUGUGCGUGUCUCUGCCGUCUGUAGUCGGGUGGAGGACGGGUGCAGCAGGUAUCGGGGGUACCUGGGCGCCGCAGUGCGUGCUGGGAUACAGUGAUUCUCUGGCAGAUCGUGGAUACACGGUGCUGUUGGCAGUAGCAGUGUUCUUUGUACCAUUUGCUGUCAUGCUGUACUCUUACAUGUGCAUCCUCAACACAGUGCGCCGCAACACCCUGCGCAUCCACAACCACACCAGCGAGCAUUCCUGCCUGCCGGCCCUCAACCAAGUCAGCAAAAUGAGACUCACCGGGCUGCAGCGGCCCCCUCAGAUCAAAGUGGACAUGAGCUUCAAGACCCGAGCCUUCACGACCAUCCUCAUCCUCUUCGUCGGCUUCUCGGUGUGCUGGUUGCCGCACACGGUGGUCAGCCUGCUGGCCGUGUUCAGCCGACAGUUCUACUACAGCUCGAUCUUCUACCCGAUCAGCAUAGGCGCCCUGUGGCUCAGCUACCUGAAGACGGUCUUCAACCCCGUCAUCUACUGCUGGAGGAUCAGGAAGUUCAGGGAGGCCUGUCAGGAGUUCAUUCCCAAGAGCUGCAGACUGUGUCCUAGAGUGCCGGGCCGGAGCCGCAGGAGAGUGAGGCCCAGCAACAUCUACGUGUGCAGCGAGACUCAGUCAGCUGUGUGAAACUAAGGAAGAGUUUGUGUUGAAACUGCUAUCAGCUGUAACUCUUCCUUUUCCUCAUAAUAAGCAAUCAGAGCUCAGCUUAAAUGAAUAUACUGGUCGUUGACAAAAUGAUCUCCCUUCAAGAAUGAACUUUCAAUCUCAAUUUUUUAAACCAACAUGGAUGAGAAGUCUUUAAAGUGCUCAGAGAAAUGAAAAUGUGAUCAUCAAUAAUUCUGUGACAAGUGGACAAACUUACUGUCAUCCAAACAGUUCCAUAUCCUCCAUUGUCAGUUUACUUCUCCGUUUCAUAAUUGGUCCAGAAAAUGCUUCAUUAAUGUCACUCUGUUUCUUCAGACUGUAGACUCAAUCUUCAGGCUUUGAGGAGGAGUGGUGAGAAUAAUUCUAUUGUCAGUUAUGUGAUGAGUUUCACCAAAAAAUACACAGUGUUAAUGUUCAGUGAUGUUCUCAGAGGAAAGUCUGUAAGCUUUCAACUGAUGUCUUUUUAAAAAAAAAAAUAAUAAUAAUUUUAAUGAACUUUGUGCAGAAAUACGACCUUGUGUGAGUUGAAACAACAAAAGAAGUGUGUCAGUUAUUGAGCUGUGACUGUUUACUUGAAUGUAUUGUCUUUUCAUGAAUGAUGAAACCAGGUAAAUAAAUAGUGUUUUUAAAAGCGGUUGCACUGA